AUGGGGAAGAAGAACUCCAAGCUGAAGGGGGAGACGGUGGAGGCACUGAUGACUGUCACCUACUGUAAGAUCAACUCAGAGGUGCGUCGUCUGGGCGGUGCCUACGGCGGCAAGAUCACCAAUCCGAUGCCGAUCGCCGCCGCCGCCGCCCUGGCGGCCGUCCGUCUCAACAAGCCAGUGCGCAUUGUGCUCGACAUCGAGACCAACAUCGCCAUGUGCAGCGGCCGGAUGCCCUACCUCGUCUCGUACGAGGCUGGCUUCGACGACACUGGCAAAAUCCACGGGCUCAAGAUGCACGUGAUAGCGAACGCGGGUUACACCAACACGGUGCUGAGUUUCAUCGAGCCGAGCCACGUCAUGCACAUGGUGAAGAGCGUAUACCGCGCGGACAACUGGAGCGUCACGCCCGGCACGGUGACCACCAACCAGCCGAUGUCCACCGCCUGCCGCGCUCCAGGUACCACAAACGCCAUCGCUGCUAUAGAGAUGGUGAUGAAUCACGUGGCCCACCAACUGAACAAGGACCCCUGGGAGGUGCGACAGGCAAACUUCGCUCUCCCCACUGCCGAAGUGCCCACGCCAAUGGGCACCGAACAGGACAACAAGGUGUUCUCCAUGAUGAUCAACGAGAUGUUCGAUAAAGGCGACAUCAAGCAGAGAAAAGCUGAGAGAAACGCCUUCAAUAAGGCCAACCGCUGGCGUAAGCGGUCGCUGGCGCUGUUGCCAAUGUUGUACCCAGUCGGCACAAUGGCCAAGAUGUCUGCUCUGGUCUCCAUAUACGACAACGACGGCACGGUGGCCGUGUCCCACGGAGGUGUCGAGAUGGGCCAGGGCCUGAACACCAAGGUGGCACAGGUGGUGGCGCGCGAGCUCGGCGUUCCACUCGACCAAGUCUCCGUCAAGCCGAACAACUCGCUGGCCAACCCCGGCAGCACCGUGACGGGCGGCAGCAUCGGCAGCGAGUGGUGCUGCAUGGCGGCCCGCUCGGCCUGCCAGCAGCUGAUAGAGCGACUGAAGCCGUUCCGCGCGGCCGAAGGCGAGCCCCAGCGGCCCUGGCUGCAGGUGGUCCAGAUGGCCUCCGGCAAGGGGGGCGUCAACCUCAGCGCCCACUGCGUGCAGGCACCCAAACCGGCCGGGUACUCUGUGCUCGGGCUGACGGCCGCCGAGGUGGAGCUGGACGUGCUCACUGGGGAGAACCGCUUCAACCGAGUGGACCUGUACGAGGACGCCGGCCAGUCGCUCUCGCCCUGGGUCGACGUCGGACAGAUCGAGGGCUCCUUCGCCAUGGGCAUGGGCCUGUUCCUGACAGAGCGGCACCGCUACGAUCCGGCCACAGGCCAGAAGCUCACCAACCGGGCCUGGAACUACUACCCACCAACGCACAAGGACAUGCCGAGGGACUUCAGAGUGAAGCUGCUGAAGAACAAUAAAAACGACAUCGGCAUCUUCAAUUCCAAAGCCACCGGCGAGCCAGCUGUCUGCAUGAGUAGCGUCUGCUUGAUGGCGCUGCAGCAGGCGGUGGCCGCCGCCCGCAGAGACUCUGGCCACAACGACUGGGUCACCAUCAACGCACCCAGUACAGUUGAGGAUACCCAGAUGGCCUGUCAGACGUCCGCCGAGAUGUUCGUCCUUUCCUAAGGCAGAGACGGCAGCCCGCCUCGCGACCCGGCUGGCUGACAGUGCGCAGCUUGCGUGUAGCGAUCGUCCACUGUUGCACCACUGCACGUCUUGGCAGCUGCAAACACUGUGGCCAGUACUUCCAGACGAUUAUCUGACUUCUUUAGAUGAUAUCACGACCUGCCGGCGACUUUUUCUGGCUCGAGCCCUG